UCAACUCUCGAAGUUUUUGUUUGUUUUUGUUUUUUUUGUAUUUUUACUUCAUCCAAUCGGAGAUGAAAAAAGAAUGAAAACGGCACGCGGGGUUGGCGGGGCUGUGACGUAGGCGGAAGAGACAUUCGAACCCGAACAGUUAUUUAUUUAGUAGCGGAGAAAAGCAGCUGAGUGAAGGUCUUUCCUGCUGCGUCCAGGACGCUUCUGUUGGUGUGAGAGUUCACCUUCAGGUGAUCCAGACGGAAAGUUGGAUCAGUUUGAUGUAUGGACAUGAUGGAGAAGUAUGAGAAGCUGGCUAAAAUUGGAGAAGGCUCCUACGGUGUUGUUUUCAAGUGCAGAAACCGGGACACGGGCCAGAUAGUCGCCAUCAAGAAGUUCGUGGAGUCUGAGGAGGACCCGGUCAUCAAGAAGAUCGCCCUGAGGGAGAUCCGGAUGCUGAAGCAGCUGAAACACGUCAACCUGGUGAACCUGUUGGAGGUCUUCAGGCGGAAAAGGCGGCUCCAUUUGGUCUUUGAGUUCUGCGAGCAGACGGUCCUCAACGAGCUGGACAGACACCCCCGAGGGGUUCCUGAGGCUCAGCUGAAGAGCAUCGUGUGGCAGACUCUGCAGGCUGUGAACUUCUGCCACAAACACAACUGCAUCCACCGUGACGUCAAGCCGGAGAACAUCCUCCUCACCAAGACUGGAGUCAUCAAGCUGUGUGACUUUGGCUUCGCCCGCAUCCUGACCGGACCCGAGGACGAUUACACGGACUACGUGGCGACCCGCUGGUACCGCGCCCCCGAGCUGCUGGUCGGGGACACGCAGUACGGCCCCCCGGUGGACGUGUGGGCUCUGGGUUGCGUCUUUGCCGAGCUGCUGGACGGGAAUCCGCUCUGGCCCGGAAAAUCUGACGUUGACCAGCUGUACCUCAUCCGAAAAACUCUGGGUGACCUGAUCCCUCAUCACCAGCAGAUCUUCAGAUCAAACGUUUUCUUCAGCGGCGUCAGCAUCCCUGACCCCGACGCAACCGAGCCUUUGGAGAAACGCUUUCAGGGGGCGUCGCCCCAGGCCCUUCAGGUCAUGAAGUCCUGCCUGGUGAUGGACCCCUCCCUGCGGCUGUCCUGCCAGGAGCUGCUGGAGCUGCCCUACUUUCAGGAGGAGGCCGGGGUCGGCUGGGGCCGCGAGGCGGAGCGCCCAGGACGGCGAUUCGACAGAGGCUUCCGACGCCGACAGGCCGGGGCGCAGUACCUGCCUCAGCUGCUGCACAGCAACGUCUCGCCGGCUCCAGACGUGAAGAAACACGUCAAGCCCAAGUAUCACCUGCCCAACAUCUAAACCCCACAGGGGAACAGGAAGACGUGUGCAUGUGGAAUGAAUGUUUUUCCAAACUGCCGUGUUAAACCCGUCAGUGUUCCGUUUUUUAAGUCCUGUGAAAGAAGCACAUUCAUCAAUGUGCCAUGAAAAGUGACUUUCCCACCAAACGGUCCCUCAAAACUAAACCUUACAACACGUGUUUGUCCUGAUUCUGGAGAAAUUAUAUUUGAAGACUCAAUGGGGGAAAAAUUUGGAUACAUUUUUUUAAAAAUUGAUCAUUUUCUCCAGUUUUGCUAGCAGAUUAAUCUGCUUUCAAAAUGCGUUUUCAUAAAAUCAACAUGAAAGUACAUUUUGAAAGCAGAUAAAUCUGCUUUCAACUUUCAUGUUGAUUUGUGAAUGUCUAAUUCCUUUGUCUUGAUCUUAUUUUUUUGGAUUCUAAAUUGUGUUAUUUAAGUGAAACUGCUUUUCUUUGUGUUUUGAUGUUGUUCAGCCCACUGGCUCGCUAAGGUUAAAGUUGUUGUUGUGCCAUUGAAUCCACUAAACACACCCAGACCAGAACCUUCCUGUUUCUGAGGAAAAGCCUCAGAGAGAGGAGGAAGUUGGUGCUUUUAACCGUGCAGACGUCCCCAAAGAGUGUAGGGGUGCAUUCAGACUGGACACAUUUGAAGUGAACCCGAGUUCGUUUCCCUGAUUGAUACCGAAACAGUUUUUAGUCAGAAAUCACCCAAGCAGACCGUGGUCCGGGACCAGGAACUGCUCUCUUACCCGUCUUUGGAGGUUUGUUCGGUUUGUUUCCAAUCAGACUGAGCUUCAGCUCGCUCUGAGUUUCCUCAGUCGGAAUAGAAUCCGUUCCCAGAGCGGAACAACUGAACCAAACGGCCACCGUAGACGAGUAGGAAUGAAGCAGCAGACAAAUUUGUUACGUCUAUUUUAACACAGCCGAAAACGCUUCCUAAAUGCUUUUCUGUGUCGUUACGCGGCACAAAACCCGGCGCUGCUGUGAUGUCAUCCUAAAAGCUACCUUGUAACAGAAUUCGCUCCAAACAGCACCAGAACACCCCAACGAUGAGACCCAGCAACCCGUUGAAAUGUGGUCGGAUGAAUGUAGGCUCAUCAAAACAACUUUUAACGUGACACACAUUGAUUCUCGCUGUUUUCCCAACAAUCUAUAUGUCAUAAACAUUUAUCAGCGUACCUUCAUAGCCGUCUCCUUGGCAAUGGCCCUGCAGCACACCACCACUGGACCAAAGCAACAAAAGGUAAACCUGACAUUCAUACACACGUUUAAAAUCGGUCGGCAAAAUAUAAAGUUGGAAUCAGCAGAAACACAGGACUUCCAUUAUUUCUGUCUCUAGCUGCUUUGCCCCGCCCUCGUAAUUCCUGGUCAAUGAGUGAAGAGAUCUUUAGUCACAUGGUUUUGUUUACAAGCUUUGGUUGGAAACAGUAAAGUCAGCAUGACGGCAGUCUGAAUCCAGACCAAAUGAUUUUUCCAGUGUGCAUACACCCUUAGUGGCACCCCCAGCCAAAUUAUGCAACAAAAAAACACAACUUAUAAAUACAUAAAAUACAGUAGCUAGAAACAGGAAAGAUCAUAAAAUGUUAGUAUCUUUGUGUUUAUUUGAUUCUUAUCCAAGGCACUUUGAUGAGAAUGAUUGUUAAUACAGACGACGGUUUCUUUAUCUUCCA